CCCGCCGCGGUCUCUAUAGAGCGAAGGGCGGGAGGCCCGGUAUGGAGAGCGGCCCCGAGAGCCUGCAGCCGCUAGAAGACAGGGUGGCGGCCGGGCCAGCGCCAGGGACAGGUUCUUUGCAGGAAGGGCGACCGGAGACCAGGCUUGCAGCUGGGGAUGGUCUUGGGGUAUGGGCGGCGGAGAGCGGCGGCGGGAAUGGGCAGGGGGCGGCGGCUGCCGGGAGGAGCCUCCCGGACUCGGCUUCUCCCGCAGGCUCUCCUCAGGUUCCCGGACCCUGCAGCUCCUUCCCGGGCUUGGACUUGAGGGAGAGCGCUUUGGAGAAUCUUGCUGCCGCCAAGCCGCCUCUGAGAGGGCAGCACAAGGUGACCGCCUCCCCGGAGACAGCCGAGGCCGGAGUCGGUCAUGGGUUGGGUUCGGCGGGAGACGCGGGAGCUCGCCCUGAUCCUGCCGGCACCUGCCGGGCAGAGUUGGCGGCCGCCGGCUCCGAAGAGCCCAGCAGCGCUGGCGGCUUCAGCAGCAGUUGCAGCGACCCGAGCCCUCCUGGGGAAUCGCCGAGCCUGGACUCCCUGGAGUCGUUCUCUAACCUGCAUUCUUUCCCCAGUAGCUCCGAGUUUAAUAGUGAGGAGGGAGCGGAGAACAGGGUCCCAGAGGAAGAGGAGAGCGCGGCGGUGGUGCCCGGGGCUGUCCCUCUGUGCCGAGAGGAGGAGGCGGAGACCGCUCAGGUGCUGGCGGCCUCCAAGGAACGCUUUCCGGGACAAUCUGUGUAUCACAUCAAGUGGAUCCAGUGGAAGGAAGAGAACACACCCAUCAUCACCCAGAAUGAGAAUGGACCCUGCCCUUUGCUGGCCAUCCUCAAUGUUUUGCUCCUGGCCUGGAAGGUACAAUCUACAGCUUUUUACUUCCUACAGCUUUUAGGGAGGGGGAAAAACGGGGUGAGGGAGCUGCUGCGUGUCAGGGGGGAACUGACAAAAAGUCAAAGACUGUAGUAUCAGAAUAAUAUGAGUGAUGCUAUGGCAAUUUUGCACAAACUACAGACAGGCCUGGAUGUAAACGUAAGAUUCACUGGUGUUCGAGUGUUCGAAUAUACGCCAGAGUGCAUAGUAUUUGAUCUUCUUGAUAUUCCUUUAUACCAUGGGUGGUUAGUAGACCCUCAGAUUGAUGACAUUGUAAAAGCUGUUGGUAACUGCAGCUACAACCAACUAGUGGAGAAGAUCAUCUCUUGUAAGCAGUCAGACAAUAGUGAGCUGGUUAGUGAAGGCUUUGUAGCUGAGCAGUUUCUAAAUAACACAGCCACUCAACUGACAUACCAUGGAUUAUGUGAACUAACUUCAACGGUUCAGGAAGGAGAACUUUGUGUGUUCUUUCGGAAUAAUCAUUUUAGCACCAUGACCAAAUACAAGGGUCAAUUGUAUUUGUUGGUAACCGAUCAGGGGUUUCUUACUGAAGAAAAAAUUGUCUGGGAAAGCCUACACAAUGUGGAUGGUGAUGGAAAUUUCUGUGACUCAGAAUUUCAUUUGCGGCCUCCUUCAGAUCCUGAAACUGUAUACAAAGGACAACAAGAUCAGAUAGAUCAGGACUAUCUUAUGGCAUUGUCUCUACAACAAGAACAGCAGAGCCAAGAGAUCAAUUGGGAACAAAUUCCAGACGGAAUCAGUGAUCUGGAGCUAGCAAAGAAACUCCAAGAGGAAGAGGAUAGACGGGCUUCUCAAUACUAUCAGGAACAGGAACAAGCAGCAGCUGCUGCUGCUUCUGCUUCUGCUUCUGCUUCUACACAGCCCCAGCAGAGCCAGCCAGCACAAGCCUCUCCAUCAAGUGGAAGACAAUCUGGGAAUACUGAACGUAAACGAAAGGAACCUCGAGAAAAAGAUAAAGAAAAAGAAAAGGAAAAAAAUAGCUGUGUCAUUUUGUAACAAGCAUUGGAAUCUGUUGGAACCACCUAUAUGUCUUGAGAAACAAAACCACAGGAGGAAAGAAAGAAAAACCGAUAAAUACCGUCUGUGCCUGAUUUCCCAAUGGAUUUUGUUCAUGUUUUUCAGGGGAAAGGUUGUUACUUAGUUACAAUCAGACUUUUUCAAGUCACACAAUACACUCUUUAUGAGCUGGAGUUUCAUGUUACAUAAGUUGGAAAUGCUG